CCCGCCACUCGGUGCGCCCAGGCCCCGGCUGCGCUCCCGGUCGGCUCGGCACGCGGGCGGCCCGCCAGGAUGCAGGCCCCGCACAAGGAGCACCUGUACAAGCUGCUGGUGAUCGGCGACCUGGGCGUGGGCAAGACCAGCAUCAUCAAGCGCUACGUGCACCAGAACUUCUCCUCGCACUACCGGGCCACCAUCGGCGUGGACUUCGCGCUCAAGGUGCUGCACUGGGACCCGGAGACGGUGGUGCGCCUGCAGCUCUGGGACAUCGCAGGUCAAGAAAGAUUUGGAAACAUGACAAGGGUCUACUACCGAGAAGCUAUGGGUGCAUUUAUCGUCUUCGAUGUCACCAGGCCAGCUACAUUUGAAGCGGUGACAAAGUGGAAAAAUGAUUUGGACUCCAAGUUAAGUCUCCCUAAUGGCAAACCAGUUUCAGUGGUUUUGUUGGCCAACAAAUGUGACCAGGGGAAGGACGUGCUCAUAAACAAUGGCCUGAAGAUGGACCAGUUCUGCAAGGAGCAUGGUUUCGUAGGAUGGUUUGAAACGUCAGCAAAGGAGAAUAUCAACAUUGAUGAAGCCUCCAGAUGCCUGGUGAAACAUAUACUUGCAAACGAGUGUGACCUAAUGGAGUCCAUUGAGCCAGACAUCGUGAAGCCCCACCUCACAUCGCCCAAGAUUGUCAGCUGCUCCAGCUGUGCUAAAUCCUAGUAGGCUUCUUCACUGGCAUCUGACAGAAAUAAUCCCAUUAUCUCACGUCUUAAUUCUUAGCAAUUUGUGUAAAUGUCAAGAUAGGGAUACACAUGUCGCAAGCCAAAGAUCUAUGCCUAUACCUUUCCUAUAAGAGAGAAAAAAAGCAAGUGUUCUUUUUUAUGUUUUUUUCCAACACCAGCACAGUGUUUACAGGCUUGUUAAAUAUUUAGUCUGUUACAAAAUUCUGUCUUGUAGCUGACCACAAUUCUGCAAGGCCAGCAUCAGCCCUGUUACUUGCUUCUUGGAAUCAGCCAAGGCCUCAGGUCUUAAAGAGAAAGGGGAGAAGAGCAGUCUAGCUGUCAAGUUAAGCACUGGCUCUCACUUUGCCCCUGAUGCCUUUGUCCAGACUCCAAUACAUUCUCUGCUGGGCUGACAGGCCUAUUAAGUAGAAACAACUUUUUUCUCCAGAGAUGACCUCCAUUUUCAACAGACCUAAGAGUCAUUUCCUAUUUAGCCCUUUAGAGUCAGUACACAGGUUUCCUGAGCUUUUAUGGCUUUUAUUGUCACUUGUGAUGCCCUAAAUGUUGUUUAACUGAAAACUUAUGAAAAGACCUGCCUCCAUAUGUGCCUUUCUGUUAGCUUUCUUUGAUUCCAGCUGUGGGACUCUUCUGUUCAUGUAAUAUAUAUUAUAUAUAUUUUCACAAGUGGAAAAUAAGACAUUAAAAGAUGCUGUUUCCCUAUUUCUGAAAA